AUGGCUUCAAUUAUCGCGGAAGUAAUCUUCUACUCAAUCGCCCUUCCAGCUGCUUAUUCUGAUGACUGUGAUCGAGAAGUUCUCUAUAAUGUCUGGGAUAAAUUAUUGCUUGCAGAAGAAUGCAUGAGAUCGGCUCACUUCAAUUUAUGUACUGUUUUGGUUAUGAGUUCAUUGAAUUUCGAUUGUACACAGCAUAUGCAAAGUUUGGAAAAGUCUUUGAAUGAUCUUAAAAAAAGUGACGCUCUUUCAUUGAGUUCGCAAAAACAGUUUCUCGCGUUAUUGGAAGCGAAUUUGGGUGUACUUUUGUCACAUUGUCAAUCGAAUCAGAGUGAAAUGCUGCUGAAUAUUCUGAUUGUCUUUCACUUGGAGAACAAUGACUUGUAUUUGCUAAUUCAGUCAGUAUUUCGUCAUUCGGGAUCAGUCGAUAUAUGUGCCUCCAAAAUAUUAGAACCUUUUUUUCGGUGUUUAUUAUUGAAUUUGUCAUUGCUCAUAGAUGAAAAUUUUCCUCAGCAGAAAAGAAACAUAGGAUUAUGGAUUAGAAAAAGUGUGAUGGAAAUCCUAUCGACGUUAAAUAAAAGCUAUGACGAUAAAUUAAAAUCUUGGAAAAUGAUGAUGUCUGCAUUCAUUCCGGCUUCCCAUCACAUGUUGUUGUCUGGUAAAAAAUUUCACCAAAUUACGCAGUUAAUUUGUGGAAAAGGAUUUUCAUUAAAAACUUUACCAGUUUCAUUGCGAGUGACAUUGUUUUGUGUUUUAAUUUCGCUUAUACCUUGUAUAUCGUCGGAAUUGUUUGAGAUUGCAGUUGAAAGUACUCUAUCGAUAAUGAGGUCGGAUGUGAAAUUAUUUCGCAGUUUAAUAAACAGCUGUGAAGAAAAAAUAGUGAAAAAAUAUGUCAAGAUUUUACUUCAGUGUGGUUACUCGAAUAACAAUUCAAAAGCCACUCAAGUUCUGGUUAAAGAAUUCCUGCUCGGUAAUUGCAGUCAUGAGACGUUUGCUCUCAAGUGUGAUGUUAUACUGAAAACUGCGAUACAAAGAGGAUUAGUUGAAGAACAAUAUUAUUUUUUGAAACCACUGUGUGAUGCAGUUAGUGAAAUCCAUUGCGAAACAAAUACAGGAGGAAACAGCACAUUGCGAAUUUUUGUUGAAGAGGUUUUCCGACAUAUUUACAGACUAAUUUCUCCUCUUGAUUGCAAAAAUGUAAUGAAAAUGACUUUUUUUGAGUUAUCCUUGUCAAUACUAUUAGUUGUGAAAACUUUGCAAGAUAGCGAUACAAAGAUAACUACAAGGGAGAUUCAAAAUAUAGCAGAGCAUAUUAAAACUGCUGAUCAACUAUGUAAAACUCUUUGUAAACAUCCAGAUAGAGUGAUUGAGUCUGGAAUAACAUCAGUGCAGCUGUCUCAGUUAUUGAGAAGUUCCGUUUUAUGGAUGGUAAAAAGGGGUAAGCUCAAGCAUAUCGUUUCCUGGAAAUAUAUUAGAUAUUUCGAACUAUAUGAUGAGACAGCCAUUAACGACAUUAUCAGUACUGCAUCGGUAGAAAUGUUGAAAGAUCUGCUAUACUCAUCUUCCCAUAAUCUUCAUUCGUCGAAAAAAUUUGCAUUAUAUUUUGCAUUGGCGAAGCAUGAGAAUGAAGAAAAGAAAAAACUUUUAUCCACUGUCCUGGGAGAUGUACUAAAAAUCGUAGUAGAUAUUGCUGAAACAGACUAUCUAACAGCUCUUGGUUUUCUGCGACACAUUUUUCCGGUUGCAACUGGCAGCGCGUACGAGAGAGAUUUUGUAUCAUUUGCUUUAACAGUUCUUGCAGUGAACUGUGAAUCGCUAUCUUCAGAUUUUAUAGCGCUGCGCAGUGCAGUUUCUCUGCUUUUGGACUGCUUGCGAUUUGGAGCCCAAUCUGUGAUUAAUGAUCAGUGUUCGUUUUACAUCAAUUUGUUUGUAUGUGUUGGACGAGCUAUUCAGAAAUAUGUAAACGAUACAUCGGCAGUCGAUCCUCAGUUUAUUCGACAUCUGUCUUAUGGGUUUGCUAAAAUUGCUAACGAAAUGUUGAAAUACGAACGGUCAUUUUCCCGGGUAGCACCUUUCAUUAUUUCGGAAUGUUUGGAAGAUGCUGAAUACUUAUCAUUUGCUUUGUUCCGGAUUUUCUCAAUGUGUGAUAAUCACAGUGUCGCUCUUCUGACCACUAAUCUACCACCAUUACAAAAAACUCGAUUCGCUAAUUUAAGUUUGCAUUUCAAAAGGAUUAAAAUGGUAGUCUAG